GGAUUUGAAGCUCAGGCAAACAAGGGGUGUGGUUUGGGGGUAUUGUUGGAUGCUCGCGCGAGAAGACAGAUGCUGAGGCUGUUCCCGUCGUACAGACAUUCACAUUCACUCGGACUGGGAUGUGAAGGAGCCCGAUGAGAUGGAGACCUUCAUCCAUCUUUACUUCAAUCUGAUCGUGAGUCGAGUCUUGUUUUAAUUUUCUGCUGAUAGAUAUUUUAGUCGUUUUGACAUGAACGUGCUCUGACUGUGGGCUCUGCUCACUAAACCGUCUGAUCACACACGGAGCCUGCGUAGAUUUAGAAACAUACAAUCUUGUUAUUUGCAGUGAUUUUACCGGAAUCUGAGGAAAAUCUCCACUAAUGCGUCUUUCAAUCUGCGUCGAAUUAUCAUGAGAAAUAAUGUAGUUAUAACAGGGGCGGAUGGGCCUAUAUAUAAGGACGAUGCGGUUGGAGGUACCCCCCUCCUCCCCUCUUCCUCCUCCUCCCAUCCUCUCUGUCUCUACCAGCUCUGUGGGAUCAAUAUGCAGGGGUAUACACUGCACAGGACGAGUUAAAUUACAUGUGAUGAAAGCCUGUUUUUCUAUGUUUGCUUUAGUGUGCAUUAUAAUGAAGGAAGGCCCAGUGAAGGAGAGAAAGGAGUCACUUGAGUGUUUAAUAUUCCUUAGUGAUGUGAAGGGCACUGUGGAGGAAUAUGAGCAAUAGCCCUCGGUAUAUAUGCUUAAAAAAAGACACUGUGCUUCAGUCUCCCUGCAUGAUUAUUUCAUGCCCCAGUUAAAACUGCGUUAUUUGCAGUUAUUGCUCCAGGUACUGUGUUUCUUUGAUGGCAUUUUCUUUUCAUGAAGAUAGUCCUGCUGCCUGUUGUCAGAUUGUGAGGAUGGACUGGCACAGAUGGGGACAGCUUGACUGCUGUACACUCAUGAAUAUCAGAGCCCAGUGAGGCUCAACACAACGGAAUCAGAUAAUGAGUGACAGUUAUUUAGUUAGAAAUUAGCUGACAAUUAUUGUCACAGGGAGGAUUUCAUGUAAAAGCUGUGUGGGUGAGUGCCUGAAUUUCAAUGGAGAAUAGCACAUCUGAAACACAUGAAAAUAGGACACCAGAUAAUAAAAGGUAGACAGAAAUCUUGCAGAAAAUCUACAGGCAUUUUUCAUGUGAUAGGUGCAUUAUUGUUUUCAUUUAUGAGCCGAUUUCUAUGGUGUCCAGAUGGUUCAGAGAAGAUGCAUGUCAGUAUUUUGAAUACUGUUUCAGAAAUUUGUGCUGCAGCAACUUCCUACUGCAUUACAGUAAUUUAACAACAAACAAACAAACAACGGCUUUCUUAGAAGAGUCAGGUUUUGUCUGUACUAUGUAAGAAAAAUGAUUUAACAUUAAUGUUUCCUAAGGCAGCAAGUCCAAGGUGAUGUCCUUGGAUGUGAUGGUUUGUCUGAUCUGAAGUCCAAAACUUAACUUUUGAUUUAUUAUGAUAAAAGACCAAUCAAAAAUUUUAUUCAAUAAGCUGGAACCAGUAAAGAUUGCGUUGCAUGCAUAUUUUUUUAGCUAUAUUUUUUCUUGUUUAGCAAUACUCGAUAAUAUCUUCAGUGAAGGACUCUGUGUGUGAGCCGAUGUGUGUGUGUGUGUUCUUAUCUCUCCUGUCUCCUCUCAGGACUCGCUCUUUGAUAAUUAUAAAGCGGAAAGCCCAAAAGCAAUUGGGACUUAAUGAAAAGUCCAAAAGAUAGGUUUAACUUCAAAGAGCUAGCCUAGAAUGACACGUGUAGAGCAAGAAUACAAGCUUAGAGGAACUGAAUCUGCUCAUAGUCAUUAUUUACUGUGUGUGUCUCCUUUGAUGUUACAGGAUCUUAGGAUACAAGCCAAGAUGUGACCGUCACGGCGCGUCAUAGUUUGGAAAUCUCCAGCCUUUACAACACUUGUUUCUAUAGCAACACAAAUAGCAGAGCAUCCUAAAUCGUCCCGUACCCAAAAUGCAGUCCUCCUCUCAGUCUUCAAAGCCGCGGCGCUUUGAUGUCAACAGACGGACCAACACUGCAGCCGGACCAAAGUCUCAUGGCACUGGUUUUCAGAGAGAGGAUAAAAACAUGAACACAAUCACCGCAUCCUCUCCUCGCCGGGCAACGAAAGGCUCCACAGCGCCCACCAGGACUAGGGUGGGAGUGCAGCCUCGAGCACCAGUGAGCCAAUCCAGGUUUAGCUCACAAAAAGCAGCUUCAGCCAUCUCCAAAACAGCUAAACCCAAACCCAAGAGUGCUCGAGCAUCCGCAGCAACCAAAAAUGCACCGGCAGCAGCCCCUCCUCAGCUCCCCUCUGUGCUCCCUCUAGACCCGAACUGCAAUGAGCCGAGCCUCCCAUGUCUGUGCUGCGAUGGACGCUCACCGCAGGAUAACAACAGCAUGUUCAACCAUAACCAUAACAACAACAACACUAUCUCUAUCAGACAACAAUUGCAGCUACCACCUCCUCCACCAGCCCAAUUAUUGCCCCAGAGGCAUGAUGGGACUGGAGCCAAGGAGCAGCCGCAGCUUCCCUCUGAAGUGAAAGCCAAGAUGGAGCCCUCUGCCUGCCCUGCUGCCAGUCUGGAAAAUGAAGGCAAAAACACAGAUGAAAGUACCACUCUUGACAACAAGAAACAUGUCAAAGUUGUCGAAGAGGAUGACGAGGAAGAGAGCAGCGGUGACAUUGACAUCGAUGAUGAUGACGAGGCUGAUAACGAUGACGACGAUGAUGAAGACGAUGAUGAGGAUGAUGACACCCUGGUGCCAUCAUGCUGUGACUGCCCCCCCUCCCUCCUAGAGUUCUCCCUAUCCUCCUCUACCUCAUCAUCCUCCACUUCUAUCAGCUCUUGCUCUGAUCUGGAGUCUGACUGUGCAGAUCAAUCCACCUCCAUCAGCUCCUCUCACGACCAAGAUGAUCUGUCCAUGGCUCUUUCCCCCAAAAAACAAUCUCUUUCACAAGCUCCUGAAUUCCAGCCCCCUUCUCGUUCACCCCCGGCCCUCCCUCUUAGCUGUAAUCCUUUCACUUUAACAUCACAUUCCCAGAACUCUCCCUGCUCCCCAGAUGAGGGCUACCCCUCUGCCCUGGACUCCCCUUCUCCUGACUACCUUGGAGUCAAGGGUGAUUCAGAGGUUGCUAAACUAGGCCUGCUUGACUUUCUCGAGUCAGUUGGAGAAUUUGGUAAGAUGGAGCGCUUCAGCCAGGUGAUCCAAGUUGCUCGGUGGGAUCUGGAGGGGGAGCAACACUGGGAUGUUCUGAGGGAUCGGUUGGAUCACUUGGAUCGUCUGGAGAAGGUGAACAGGGAAGUAAAACUGGCCUACAUUGCUAGGCUCCAUGAGAAGGGGUUCGAUCUCGGAGAUCUGGAAGAGCAGGAUCUGUCAGAUGUCAUGGAUGAAAUGGGGAACAUCGACAUUCCCUGGAAGUUGUAUCGAAGUCGUGGAGGGAUGAUGGGGGAGUCUCAGGAGUUCUCAGAUGCAGGGGUUGAUCUCACUGCCCCGUCAGAUUGUGAGGAUCCUCUUGCUCCUGAUUCACUCACUCCUUCCCCAGUUGAGCCACCACCCAGACCUCCUAAACCUCCAGUGCGACACGCCAGCGUGAGCUCCGACCUCCAUACCUACAUCAAUAUUAGCAGGGAGACCACCUCCAUGGCCGUCUCCACCUCCCCUACGUUGUCUACCUUUUCUCCUAACUCCUCAUCACCCACAUUCACCACUUUUAGGUGCGAGAAACCCCUACCACCAUCUCCACCAUCUAUCCCUCCUCUCCCUACCACUAAACCAGUCCCUUACCUCACCCUCUACACCACUCCUUCUCCACCUCCAUCCAUCCCCACCCCAACUCCUCCCAUCCCUCCCCCUCGGAAGCGUCACCUUGCCAGAAAGGAGGCGCAACGGCUCGCUGCUCUCCAAGCUGAACAAGAAAAGACACCCCUCUCACUUCCCCCUCCGACCACGCGUCCCCCACCUCUUCCUCCUCCACCAGUUAUCUCAGUAUCCUCCUCAUCUCCCCCUGCCAUACCACCUCCACCUGCUCUACCUUCUCCCCCUUCCUUUCACGCACUUGAUGUGGAGAUCCGUAAACUGCUGAUGCUUGCUGGAUUGACCCAAGCAGAGCUUCUCAAGCUCAGCCCUGAGCUCGGAGUUUGUGUUGGAGGGUUGGAGGAUGAUGGAGAUAGAGGCAAUGUUUUCUCAUCCAAGUCUGUUGAGUCACACGAGUUCCGACUAAAAGAGAGGGAGGAGGAGGAGAAAUGUGACCCAGAGAUGUUCACCAAAGAUGCAUGGAGCAGCAGAGAAAGAGCGGGAAGAGAAGAUAUCGUUGAAGAACACAGGAAUAAACAGGAAAUCAAGGAUGCACAAAGAACCACCUCAUUCACUGAGAUGGCGAGGAGAAGGAAGAGGAAUGGCGGUUUGACCUCCGAUCAUUACUACAGCACCAAUCUUAGUAACACACAUGACACUAAAACAAAGAACAUGACCUUUGAGUCAUUCAGGUAUCCCACAGUGUUUCCAGAUUCACCACCUCCACCUCCUCCUCCUCGUCCCUUACCCCCAAUCCCCCCAUCUCAACCAACCCUCAAAGUCAGCACUCUUCCCGCCAAUUCGGCACAACCUGAGAAAUUUGAUUGGCUCAUAGCGUUUACGCCUGAAUGCGAAGGCCCCCCUAAGCAUCACACCUUGGAAAUGAAGAAAUCUCUAAAGGAAGCUCCAAAGAAGCUCACCUCAACAGGCCCGUCUCCUCCUAAGACAACGACUUUUAAAGAGCUGCGCUUCCGUAACAAGAGCACCUCUCCACCAACAAAGGUGAUCAGUGACCCAGAACCAGACCCCUCAGUUAUCACUCCAGAUCCAGACAUACUCUACAACCUGAGGUGGAGAAGAGAGAAGGAGGGCGGCGACGGGCAGCAAUGGGAGUACACCUCUCAGGCUCAAGCCUUCUUCAUGCAGCCGCCACCGGCCCUCACCUCCAUGGCGGCUCUGAAGGAGAUGCUCCAGAGAGCGGACAAGGAAGGGGGACAGCUGGAGCUGUGUCCGUCUCAGAAGAUUGGCAGCUCCAUCAGUGACAGUAGCCUGUGGACCAUGGGCAGAGAGUGGGAGUGUGAAGAAGCUAAGAGUGAGGAAAAGAAAGAGAAAGAGGAGGAGAAAGAGGAAGAGGUGGAGGUGAGGGGACGAGCUGAUGGAGAGAGGACAUUCGAGUCGAGAACUUCAGGUGAGUGCAUUUCUGUGAUGGUGCCAUUGAUAUAAAGGAGGUAGAUGCAUUUGAAAACAGAGGGGCAUGGGGUCUUCUUUUCCAUGUGAGUGCUUCUCUUGUAGUAAAAAGGAUCAUGAUGGCAGUGGGCACCUCUGAUACUCAUCAAAGUGGAGUAUUUAAUAUCAGCAAAUUUACUGGUGAAUCUACCGCUCCGAUACAGUGACUAAUCAGCCUUCAAAAAGCCGACAGGUUUGAGGUAAAAUCCCGUGUGAAAAUAACACACAACAUCCUGGCAGUGGGUGUAAUGCAAGUCAAAGCUUUUAGUACUUUCGCACCAAUAUAACAACAUUUUUUUACACAUCACAACCAGAGAGAUACUCUGGAAUUGGUACUGUGAAGGAAAAGGUGGUAUUUUAGCAUCUCUUCAGCAAAACAGCCCUGUGUAAUUUGGAUGACAUAAUGAAUCUGGGAUGGACAGACAAUAAAGACAAACAGAGGGAGAAAACAAUAAAUAGUCUGCUUGUUAACUUUAUUUUCAGGGAUGCACAAAUACACAGCAGAAAAGACAAAGACAGAGAAGACCAUGGGAGGAGAAAUGUUGACUCAUUUAUGGAGAUGAUGUAUGGAAGGAGAGCAGAGAGAUGUGGGAUGAGUGUGAGUCACAAAGAGGGAUGAUGCAUGAUACGAUAGAUAAAUGACGACCGAGGAAAAGCAGGCGGGGGAUGCUGGAGUUUGAACGUGAAUAACAGUGAAAGAUGGAGGGAGAAAGAAAGUGAAGGGAGUGUGGGUAAUAUGAGGAGAAAUAGGGGGUUGGAAACUUUCCAGCCAGUAUUUCCUGCACUGGUUGUCAGAGUGUGAUGUCAUCACUGCCUUAUUCAAUUAUUCAUCCACUCUUCAGACCAACGGGAGAGAUAAUGGAGCGCCCACUGAGCUCACAACCUCUUUCUUCCUUCUUUCAUUUUAAGUCUUUUCUACUUUCUGCUUUCUUCUUUCUUUCGACCUAUGUAUCCUAAAACAGCUUCCUUUUCUCUUCCUCUCUGUUGUUCAUUUUAGUUCCCUUUAAAGUCUCCUAUACCCUCCACCCAUCCCUAGAGUGGUACAGAUAGCUAAGAUCAAGUUACUCAUCUAAUGCAGUGCUGCUGCAGGCUCCACAGACACAGAGGAUUCAAAUGCUUAUGUCCACCUACUGGAGGGUUUGGAUUUAGUUUAGAUGGUUAAAACUUCUCAUUUUAGUUUAACUAUUCAUUUGGUAACACUUUACAAUAAUCAUAACUUAGAAAUGGUAAAUAGACCAUUUAUAAAUGUAAGCAGAUAGUUUAUUUAUGUUUAAUCAUCAUUUAUAAAUAGCACAUAUACCAUUAAUGAAUUGUAAAUUUUACAACUUUAAAAACCUAAGCCUAACCCUAACUUUACAAUAACCAUCAAAGAAAUAUUUAUAGGUGGUUUAAAAAACAAAUAUUAACCAUUUACAAAGUGCUACUGACACACAUUAAACUAUCUAUUUGCCAUUUAUAAAUUAUGGUUAUUGUAAAGUGUUACCAUUUAUUUUCUUUGAUUGGAAAAAUUUAAACUCAAACUUAGUUGUAAUUUGCAUGUAAAAAGCAGCACAAAGCCCUUCUUAUAAAGACCAUCAGAUUAUAAAAAAGCACAUGUUGUGCCAGUAAAAAAAAAAAACGUGUUUUGAAAGAGCGGUAGAAAAAAGGCUGAAGCAUUUAAGCUAAGAAUAGUGAUAAAAAUAUUAAUAAUUAAACUUCAUUAAAUACUGAAACAGAAGUAAAUACUAAGAUUUUGCCAUUUUGAUACCUAGAGGCAGUGAGUUAGAUAGAUAGAUAGAUAGAUAGAUAGAUAGAUAGAUAGAUAGAUAGAUAGAUAGAUAGAUAGAUAGAUAGAUAGAUAGAUAGAUAGAUAGAUAGAUAGAUAGAUAGAUAGAUAGAUAGAUAGAUAGAUAGAUAGAUAGAUAGAUAGAUAGAUAGAUAGAAUUUUAUUGUCAUUGUGACAAGCACCACGAAAUGAAAAAGUGCCUCUACAGUCAGUGCAUUAAAAAAGGGGCAAUAAAACAUUAGAUAGUAAAACAGUACAAUCCAGUGCAGAGUUAAAACUAGUAAAAUAAUUAAAACGACACCCAUAAAUAGUCCAGGGUAUAAAAACAAAGAGGCCUCUGUCUUAUAUACUUACUUAAGUGUACAUCUUUAAUAGAAAGCAGACAAGGGAGUAGGUGGCUUUAAAGCCUGAACAUUGAGUGAAGAUCUCUAUGCUGGAAAGAUAUAAAACUUUAUUGACACAAAACCUUUAAAAUGAAUGAUAAAAAGAGUGUGGUUAUGUGUUAAAUACUUUGACAUUAUCCCAUGACUUUCUCUUCACUGUCUAAUACUAAAAAUCAAAUGAAUAAGAACUAAAUCACAUGCUGUGGGAAACCAGCCAGAAAUAGGUGUGUACACCUUUAAGAGUCCGAGGGGAGGAUCCUAGUAAAUGAACCAAUUGCUGAGAGCUUGUGUCAGAAAAAUAGGAAGUGUCAUGAGUUGGUUACAGUUCAAAGACAGCUCAAGUCUUACUAAGGUAUGGUUGCUUUUUAGCUCUUUUCCGGCAGUUUGUCACAGGUAAUGGAGUGAAAUGAAAGCAGAGUCUUCACGGUCUCUCAGUCUUCACAGAGAUAGACGCAGUGAUUGAGCAGAAGUCUGUAUAUCUCUGUAUCUGUUGACUGACUCAGCAUUAUACUGUAUGCUGUACUGAAGGAGAGGAGAGGAGAGGGGAGGAAGGGAGAGGGGUUGAGAACGAAGGCAGAGAAGAUAGAGAGAAAGAGAGAGAGAGAAAGAAGGUGAUCCAGAGGUGAUGAAGGCAUGCACUGCAGUGAAGUACAAAAACUGUUAGAUUGGCACUCACUGUUCUGUCCUAUACUUUAUAUUUCAGGACAAGUUUGAGAUGAAAGUGAAACCAGAUGCCAUAACCAAAACUCAGAUCCUAAUAUGAUUAAUCUUUGGGAUUGAUGGUGGCAUUUUAAUUACGGAGUCAUUGGUAAAUGAGUGGCUGAUUGACAGAGUAAUAAUUUAAAACUGUGCAGCGAUGAAACUGCUGAGCGUUUACACUUUUAUUGCAGCAGUGUCAUUUCCUGUCGUGUCAGACCCUCUUAAGUAAAAGACUGUGGUUAUCCCUCUUCAUAAAUCAACUCCAUUGAUUCUCAUACACCAUCUGUGUAUCUGUCAAUCAACCGUUUGACUGUUUAAAUGAUGCAUUAGUGCAUGAUAUGACAUGAUGAAGGAAUACAUUCAUGAAUGUGUAUUUUUCUCUUGCAGACACUAACAUUCUGCAUUUCUCUCUCCUUCCCAUUUUGUUGCUUCAUUUUUUUUACUUCAAUCUUCCUUUUUUUCUCAACUUUCCAUCCCAUUUUGUUGUUUCCACCGUCGUCCACUUUUCCACUUUUCUUCCUUAUGCCACUUUGCUUGCUUGCGCACCCUCCCUUUGCCCUCCCUUAAAUAUUUAAAAUCUCUCCCCCUUUUCAAAUAAGCAGUUUCCACCCCCCCACUGUCUCUCUCCCAGUCCUCCCAACCCUACUUUCUUCACGCUGCCCUCCCUCCCUCUCACCCCAGCUUCUCUAACUGCCAGCCCUUUGCAGAUCCCAGACCCAAUAGCCAUGCAGGCAGGGAGUCUACAGACAAACACUGCAACACACAGCAGGCCUCAGCUGACAGCUCAGCUUGUGUCCACAGAGAUGAUUCCAGCACUGAUGCCGGCUCUAGGUUUAACUAUGAAUCCCUGGCUGAUUUCGGUGUAGACUCCCCUUGUGAGGAUGAGGAUUUCCUUAACACACACAACAACUUUGAGUCUGACUCCAUCUGUAAUUUAGACUCUCUCUACUGCAGUGAGUCGGACACGCACUCUAAGGCAGACACAAAUGUUAGCGGGACUGGAGACGUUCCAGGUUGUACUACUCCGUACAAGAACAUCGAUGUCAUGAUGACGUAUUCAAACAGUAUCAGUGCGAUGGAUUCACUCUUUUCAGAAAGACACACACAUUCACACACAGACAAGGAAAGAACAUCUAAAGAGCUUCCUCCUCUCCCCACAUAUUACCUCUACCACCCUAAAAACUGCCCUUUGCACAGGGGUGCCCCGCCCCGCCUCUCCCCUAUCGGAGCCCUCUCCCCUCCUCUGCGCUCUGGAGCGCCCCCUCAGGGCUCUGCAGGCUCUAACCUCAGCUCCCCACUUUUCCCUCGCUCACACACCUUGCCUGCCCUUGCUGCUCCCCUCUACUAUCCAAACCUCUACCCUCCUAUUCCGCCCAGGGCGCCCCCCUUACCCCCAAAACUUUACCAGGCUCCUCCGCAGUUACACGUGGCGAGUAAGAUUUUUCUCUCUGUUUCUGUCCAUACAUCUUACCCACUCUCUCUCUCUCUAUCUAUCUAUCUCUAUCUCUCUCUAUCUAUCUCUCUUUCUUGCUCACUUAAUGUCUGUCUCUCGCUCUUAACCGUCUGUCUUUGUCCUCUGCUCUGGAUGUGGUGGCCCUUUACAAUUUUAGUCACCUCUCCAACCUGAAUGGUUUGCAGAUUUGAAAGAACAGUGUAACUCUAGAUGGUUUAUGUAUCAGGAGUCAGCUCUCUGCUGGUGACCUGAUACAUCUUAUCUGCAGAGUGCUGCUUUCAAAUCUGCUAAAGCCUGGAGACGGGUAACAGCUGCUCUAUCAGAGGGUAUCUACAGUCACUCUCAUCUCUCUUUCUCUCCUCUUAGUCUCCCUCCUUUUGUCUAUCUUUGUGUCGGUCAUUAUGUUGUUUUUUUGAUUUUGCAUGAGGUGUUGAAAUGGACAUAAGCAUUUCAUGCCAGGCACACUGAAGAAGCUUGUUGAUGGUGUUGUGAUGUAAAGACUUCUGAGCUUUGUGUGUGGACAUGUGGGGAAAACCAAAGCCACCGUAGUUCAUUGCAUUCUGCUGUAACUAGAAUGUGUAUUUAUAUAAGUGCAUUAUAUAAAUAAGUGUAAACAGUAGAUCCCCUUUUACAUCUUGUUGUGUAUUUGUUUCUUACCUGACUGAAGUCAUAGCUUACUACCUGUAGCUCUGCAGCUCCACUUGUGUACCUCUCUGCUUGCUUUCAGUACGUAUGAGUUUCUUUGUGCAUUUAAGUGUGAGUCAACAGUAAUGCAUGGGAUCCUGUUCAUCCCUGCUGCAUACAGAAAAUAGUCCUCUCAGAUCCAGAUGUUGAAAGCUGGUCACAGUAAACAAAUGUUCACAGGAUGUCCUUACACUCUGUUUGUUGUCAGUCGUACCAUCUGCUUCUAACUGCCUUCUCCAAAGCUUCUCAUUGCUUAAUUGCUCCCUCUAAUAACCCAAAUAUUUUAUUUAAAGUAAAAACUGUCUGUGGUGAUUAAUAUUCCCUCUCUUGAAUUUCUGUUUUCUUCCAUUUGGUAAUUUCUCUUUUGCUCUCGCUGUCAGCUGUUCGCAGUGUCUCAUUCGCCGGUUCUGUUCAGAGGACAGGGACUUCCUGGAUGGGCGAAGAUGUGAAGCAUCCAAUGAGAGGUCUGGGCCUGUCCUCCCUGUUCCUGCAGGAGAAAAAAGGUGAGAGUUUUGUCGGGUACAGCUGGGUUUUUUGGUUAAUUGUAUCUAGCUUUCACAGUGUGACAGUAGAUGAUUAUUUUUCCUUCCAGCUCUGGUCAGUGCGGUCAGCGUGGCAGUGGAAGCCAUCUUGGCGCAAUUCAGUUCUUCACGGACCGUAGUUCAAAAGGUUAGUUUCUGCUGGAUUAAGAUUUGUGGUGUUUUAAAUGUCUGUUUUUCACCUCACAUCGCUCCAUGUAACAACUCUUUGAAUAUAUAACCUUUAGUUUUAAACAGCAGUAGAAAUGAUGAAACAUGGAAACAAAACAGCUGAAUUCUUCUGCAGCUGACUGACGCAGUCUUUUUGUAGAUGGGAGAAUUAAAUGCAGUUUUUGAUUUUGUAGUUUUUAUUGUAUUGUCCAAUUUUUUUUGCCCAGAUUGUUUGGGCUUACACUAAAUAUUCAUACAGUCUAAGGUCAGAGCACACAACAAGUCAAUAUAACAUAAGUAUAUGUUAACAUACAGAGUAAGUAUACCCUUGACCCUCUUGGCUUCUUUUCCAGACCUUUGAAACACAAUUGGCAAUCUUAAACUUCUUAAAUUUAAAAAGCCGACCAACACAAUAUUUCAGGCUUUUACCAGUGAUUUCAUGACACAAUAACCCUUUUAAGUCACCCCAGUUUGUACAUUAAAAAUAAAAUCGGCCUCAAUUUCCACUUCAUCCAAAUCUUACAACUCACACAGCAGCUUUCUUACUACUUACUUUCUUGUUUAUUCUGUCCUCUGUCAUUUUGACCAGUUGAUUCCACCAUUAUUUAGUUAUUUCACAUUUUCUUUGUACAAACCCAGCUCUCCUUGUAAUGAGGGCAUAGUGGAAGGUGCAGUAUACAGCAUCCAGAGAGCGGGGGGUUGGAGUCAUUCAUCGUCACAAAUCAUCAGCGACAACAACUCACUACUACUACUAGUACUACUUAUCCUAGCUGGUGGGGACAGAGCUCAGUUUGGAGAGGCAGAGUAAUGUUUUUUGUUAUAUAUAUUAUAAUACGGGAGAUUUACAGGAGAAUAUUAAUAUGGGAAAAGUUUGGGAAAGAGGAGAAAAAUACAGUAGUUUCUCGGCCAAAACGGGUUUGGUAUUCAGCUGUACAGCCUUACCUGGUGGGACUCAAACAUGCUUCCUGCCCUCCAUGUCUUCUUUCUAACACUCCCCUUCAGUUCAUUAUGGGUAUUUUGUUUUUUGCUCUAUUUUUUUCUGUUUGCUGAUAUUCUGGGAUAUCUUAUAGUUUGUUUAGGAGAGGUAUAAAUCAGCCUUUGGGCUUCAGCCUGCUCCUUCUUUGGUUAGUGAUUGUGUGAAAUCAGAGAGAACAUAUAUAUUUGUUUUGUAUUUUGUUUUUGGUAGUUUUAGAUUCACACAUAUUGUAAUGCUUUGUUGUCAUAACAUAAUGUAUAACCAAAAUAAAAUUCAUUCAUUCAUUCAUUUGAGGUGAAAACCAGUUCAGAGGAGGAGUUAUAGGAUCAAACAGAACUGUGUUUUAUUUGUUGCUCGUCUCUAAAAUGGUUUUCCAUCACGCCUUUCUUGCUCUUGUCUUAACAUGAUGCAUUCUUAAGGUAAUAAAAUAUCUUUCCAGACAGCCCUGUUGUAGUAUUAAGAAAUACUGAUGAACUCCAUCCUCCCAACCCCCCAAAAAAAUCAUCUCUCAUCACAUCACACUGACCCUCAUCACUCGCCGUUUGUGUCCCAUUUUCUUCCCUCUGAAUCUUCUCCUCUGAUUCAUUUCCUUGUCUCUGUUUCAUUCUGCACAAUUUUUUCCUCACUUUCUCCCAUUUUCUCCUCUGUCUUUGCUCUUUUUUCUCAUUCCCCUCAGGCCUUAUCAGGAGACAGCACUAUAAAUCCAUCCCUGGGCCGUCUGGUGCUGCAGUGCCUCUGCCCUGCCCUGCACAGCUUGCUGACUGAUGGCUUGAAACCCCACCAGAGUGACCUGAUUGCAGGCAGGAGGCCAAACUCUGCGUGGAGCUUGGUCCAGGCCUCCACACGGCCAGGUAGCAUUCAAAGACUGUAGGAAAACUAGCAGUAAUUAAUCUGGGCACCAAAGGUCUAAUAUUAGGCUGUUUUUCUCCCUGGAUGAUAUUGAUAAACCCUGGACUUAGUCUUCCUGACGUUUUCCUACACAUCAGCCAAUACUUGUUGAUUUCUGUGUCUAAAAUGCUGAAUUAAGCGAACAACAGGAUGCAGAUAUUGAUCGGCCUAGUAGUGCCAAGUUUCACUGCAAUUUUUUGCUCAUGGUAGUAAGAUUUUCCAUUGAUCCCUUCUCUGUCUCUCUCUUUUUAUAAAUGCACAUCCUGCUUUUUCUCACAACCCACUUUUCAAGGUCCAAAAACACAAGCCUUGUUCAACCUUCAAGUUCGAGUUGGAGAGCUGCCCCAGCUCAGGCAGAGCAAGCACAGGUUCAACGCAUUUCUGCUCGGCCUCCUGAAGUAAGUUUGGUUGUUUUACAUAGAGAUAUAAAGAUGAUACAAAAGCUAGUGUGGGUGUGGUAGAAAUAGCAUAAAUAAAAAGAUAUAAACAAAGAAUACGAACAUAGAAAUUCACAGUUCAAACCUAAACAUCAGAAAAAAGGUAGAGAAAGAACAAAGAGGUAGAAGAAAGUGGUGUUGCUGUAUAAUGGCAGGAUCAAUAAUGUUUUCAGCUGGUGUUCCUGAGUCAAUGUUUUUAUGGUUUGAUGCAGAGAAAUCGAUUGAAUAAGUGUUUUUAUUUCACUAGAUAGUUUCAAAAUAUGUGAUUAAGCACUAACCAAACAAUGACUCUUACAAAAGAAGAAAACCUUAUUCUGUAUUUGCAAAGUAGAGGCACAAAAAGUGCUUUAAUCAGAAGUUAGAAAUGAAACAACUUUCUUUCUUAUUUUGAUGUUCUCGCUCUUUUUCCUUCAGUACCAAGCGUCUUGAUUUCUGGCUAUCUCAUCUUCAGUCCUGCAGCGGUAAGUUUUCCUCCCUCCAGUUUCAUCUCAUAUUUGCGAGCGAUACGUUAAAAGCCGUGAUACUUUUUCCUCACAGAUGUGCUGGAGACCUAUUAUCACCCAAACUCUUUCAUGCGCCUGUCGCUGACCGCCUGCCAGCCCCUGUUUGAGGAGCUGCUCCUGGUGCUGCAGCCCCUCAGCCUGCUCACCUUCAACCUCGACCUGCUCUUCCAACACCACCAUCUAGAGUCAGACAGUCACCGUCCACAGAUCCCCAGUCCUCCUUCCCAGGAUGCUGGGUCAACAGAGAGUUCACAAUCCAAAACCACUGGCUGCAGGUAUAUUGAAACCCUGUCAGAGGUUAACUUUGAAAGUCCAGAACAUGAGGCGACCAAAGAAAAACCUCCAGUUAGCCCAAAGACUGGAGGAUCAGGGGAGUCGACACAGAGCAGCACUACACCCCUGAAGGGUGAGGUGUCUCUUGCACAAACAAGUCCUCAGCUGAUGUGGGUGCAAGAGAAGGAGAUCGGAGCAUUACCUCCACCUGAUGAUGAGGAGGAAAGUCUCGCUCAGCAGGCAGGACAGGUACUGACCCAAGCUUGGUUAUUCAGUUUGUUUACUCUAAUGUGUUGUUUUAUCCCUCAUGACUGACUGUUUCUGUGAAUAACAGGUCAUCCAGCAGGGAUGGGGGGCUGUGAUGCGUUUGGGAGGCAGACUGAGCAGGAACCUGGCUGAUCUGAGCCUGAAAAAAGAGGAGAUGAAGGCGGAUCUGCCAGGUCUUCAGAUCCAGACAGGGAGUGACUUUGCCCCGGUCAGCAGUGGUGCUCUGGUUCCCUGGGGUCUGGGGCGGCUCUUUGGAGCCUCCAAAAGCCCCAACAGCCCACCAGGACACACACCACCAACCAGGUUGGCCUACAAAAAUAGCACGAUUAGCCUUUGCUUGAGAGAAAGAAACUGUAUGAGAACAGAAAAAUAAAGUUUUUUUUGGCAGUAUCAAAAACAACAGAAACCUUGUUUGAUCUGCUCCUCUGUCCUUGUUCUCUGUGUCUCUGCAGGCGUCCCUCUCAGUGGCUGGCUCCUGGUGUUUCUGCACUGACCCGAAUGGUAAGCAGCAACUCCACUCCGGUCUUAAGGAGGGCCGCAGAGCCGCAGGGAGAGAGCGAACAUGAGCCGGUGAAGGAUGGGGAUGUUCAAGAGAUGAAGGACAAACCCAGACCACUCAGGUACAACAGACAUCAAAUAAUGGUAGUGGGGGGUGGAUAUAUGCUGGUACGGAGUGUAAUGGUUAAGUAUCGAAAUCUCUCAAAUCUGACCUGGAAGGGUAAUAGAUCGUGGCACUUUUUUUAAGCUUUAAAAAAAAUAAUCAAGUAUUUAAAUAGGAUUUUUUUUUUUAUCAAUCUUAAAAUCUCAGCUGGUAGUUGUCCAUCUUGAAAUAGCCACAAGGUGGCGCUUUGAUCAGGAGUCCAAAUGAUUAUUUAUUUAUUUUCAGUCUGGAGACAAAAAAAAACACAGUAGGAAAAUACAAUAGUAAACAAAUCUGCUGUCCUCUGAAAGGCUUUUAUCCAACCAGUGGAUCGUAAAAGUCAAAUCUGAAAAACAUUUUCCACAGCAGAAUGAAAAUAAAGAGAGAAAAGGAUGAGGACUGACUACUGCUAACAUAAAGUCAGAACACAGGGUACAACCAUAAAAAAACCCAUGAGCCUAUACUUCUUAUCACAGUGACUGAACAGUAUUUAGUAUGCAUCCAAAAUUGUGAAAAUAUACCUAUAAAUAUUCAAAAGAGUUAACUUUGAAAAACAUUAAACAAAUCAAACAAAAGGCAUGAGCAGCAGGUUCGGUAUGAUAAGUUCUGUGCUGAGGUUGGAUUUGUCUGGCACAGACACGGCAUCAUAAGAGGACCCAGAGUCAGUUUGUUUUUUUGAAAUUGCAAUCUAAACUCAGUUAUGUUUUGGAUAAUUUCAGGGGAGAAACAUUUUUAGUGAAAUCUCAAACUUGAAAUACAUUAUGACCUUAUAAGAUGAUAGGGCCCAACAUUAAAAGUCCGAUCCGGGUGUAUGGUGGAAAAUUAAACUCCCAUUUUCACUGAGAUUAAUGAAAGUGUUAUAAAACUGCAGAAACUUUGAUUUGUACUGCAGCUGUCUUUGGGAUGUCAUGUUAUCUCCUUUUUGACAUGUUUUCUUACCGUUCAAAGAGCUCACCGGGGAGUAGGAAGCACUCCAGUGUGUUUAUUUAUCUUUAAAGGAUUGACUGGUGACUCACCAGCUUGACUUUGAACAAUCCGGCGAUGUGACUCAUCAAAGAUUUGGCUUCAUCGUAUGUGGAGGGUGAUGUCAUUGCUUGUGGCUGGUGUAGACGGGUUAAUUUAGAUUUUGGCUGAACGGCUCUCUGCUGUGUGUGUCCUCAGGUCAGUGCGGACGCUGUGUGACCACUCUGGAACAGGUUCAGAGCUCAGCUUCUGCAAGGGGGAAGAACUAGUGGUGUUAGGAGGAGUUGAUCAAGACUGGAUCCGCUGUCGUCAGGGAGACAAAGAGGGGCUGGUAGCUAUUGGCUACACCUCCCUCAUCAUGUGACUUCAGCGCCUCAACUGCUGCACUCAGACAAUACAGAUAAAUAAAUAAAUAUAAAUAUAAAUAUAUAUAUAUUUAAGGCAAGUUUUGAGAGGUGACGGUGAGGCUCAGUUACUCCGAAAGAGAUAUUUCACACUGUCUUGGUUUAAGUUUGACUCGAGUGCAAACACCAUCUGUUCUGCUUUAUGUGCAUCAGGAGCAGUCUGCAGCCUCUCUCCCUGUGCAAACAUAUGGGGGUUUUCUUCUCAUCACGAUCCAUCCUGUUUGGUAGCAUUAAACUAAUGGAUUUUAACAGCAGGAAUGCGGCAGAUGGUGUGAAAUAAUGACUCGAGUCAAACUCAGAUCAUUUCACACUGGAAGACCUUUGAUCUCGGAGUGAAGUAUCCCUUUUAAAAUGUCCUUUUUCCUCAAUUUCUGCCUCCCUUGUCAGCCACUGAUCUGAAAAUGAUCACAGGGGAAAACUCUGCACUCUGUGUAAUCAACCGCUAGCAGAUUCAAGUGCUGUCAGAUCAGCGGCUGCCUGUUGUGAGGAGGCGACAGCCUGGAAGUAGCCACUUUAAUAUCUCUUUCUCCCCGGCUGCAGAUGCUCAUGGCUCGCAGGUUGUUGGGUGGAGAAGGCACGUUGGAGUACUGGGCUGUAGCUCCUGUUGCAUACUUCAUAGUAAUGUAGUGAAUUGUAGCUGUGUAGAUCUGUGUUCUAUUGACCUUUCGCCCCUGUUGACCUCUCACCUUUAUCGCCUGGUUCACGUGUGUUUGACAUGUUUCUGCGACUAUAUUUGACUGUAAAAAUAUACAUAAAAAUAUAUAUAAAUAUAAGUAUAUAAAUUGAGAUUGAUAUUACCAAGAUAGAUAGAAAGAUAGAUGAACAAAAGUAAGCAGCUUGUAAAACACAGAGAAGCAGUCGUGGCUGAUUAAAAACAAAUGGAUUAAUUCUUUAUCUUCACGUAUGUAAUUGAACAUGGCGUGGUUGUCAUACAUGCAAAAGAAAAAGGUAAAUGUGUUUGUUUUGAGUAUGAAAUCCAGUAUCUUCCUCAUGUGUACUUCAUGUAUUGCCAUUAUCUUGACAUCAUAAAGUUAUUAGAUUUAGCCUCAUACCUUUAUGCAUUGUAAUGUGCCAUGGAUGCUUUGAAUGAGAAAAUAUCUAUAUAUCCAACUCUGUCAUAGAAGAUCACAUCAGACAACAGCAAUCUGUAGCUAAUCUCUCCACCUUUUCAUAACUUUGAAGGGGCUGCGCGUGUCGGAGCGGAAACUUAAGUAUAAUACUCUCAGCUCUUGUUCGAAACCAUCGGACCUUAAAUUAAAUGCAGUGAUAAAAUCCCAGAUGUCUGUAAUCCAUGAAUGCUACUGUAAAGUCUGUAGGGUUGGUGGCUGGUCUUCACCUCAUACCUCACCUUUGGAUUUAACCUGCUGCCAUGUUUGCUCAUCGAAAUCAUUAAUAUUAAUGAUAGUGGUAGUAUAAGUGGUCGUGGUGUUAAGUGAUAUGUUGAUUUCAAUGUUGCUCACAUGAAACCCAUUGCUGUUUGUCUUAUAUUUAUUUGUUAUUCUCUAUAUUAUGUAUUUAUGACUAUGCAUAUGUUAAAUAUACAAAGCCCUUUCUGUAUGUUUUCAUUUUGGUUUCAUCUUUUGCCGUGAGUUGAGACCUUAAACCUAACAAAAAAGUACAUUCUCAAAAGCAUGAUUUUUUUCCGGCGGAUACUUUAGGACCUUUGCUAAAUUCUGCAGAACAGUUUGAAGACCAGAAAAGCUCAGCUCUGCACGUUAUCGUGUUGAGUCAUUACGGCAUCACUGUCUGGUUGCAUCACCUUAAACCAGUUCAUAUGAAAACUCAUAUUAAGUAACCUAUAAACAUGAUCAAAUGCCACAAAUGGAUAAUUCUAGGUGUUUACCAUUUUGACCAAAUAAAGACACAAUAACAGUUAAUCGAAUGAAAUGUCUUAUUUCUGUUUGUUUAAUAUGUUUUGGAGUGUAAUGUUUGAGUCUGCAAAAUGCACUUAAUUUAUUUGAUGUACUAUUUAUUGAUCUAGAGGUCUCUGAAAGGAAUAGCUCUAUCUGACCCAUCAAGAGUCUAUCUAUCUCGGUUCAUUACAUAUGUGUGUGUGUGUGCGUGCGUGCGUGCGUGCGUGCGUGUGUGUGUAAGCGUGCACAUAAAUGGCAGUGAAAGCAGAGAUGAGUGUCUGCACAUCCUGCACUUUCACCUUCGUGUGUAAGUGUAACAAUGAGUUCUGUACCUUCUUCUUUCCCUCCUCCUCCCCCUUUCUUUCUCUCUCUCUCUCUCUCUCUGGUGUCAUGUAGCCUGUAGACAUCUCUGUGUCCUACUAUUGCAUAGAGUUCAGUGCCCCUAUAGUGUCAGUCACUGUCCACCUCCUGCAUGUGCUUGUUUGUAAAUACACCAAAUAAAAAGAUCAGUAUGAACCAAACCUGUGCAGCUGUUUUGAGUCG